AUGGCCACCAAGAUGCUUCGAAGCUUGACCCUUUUGGGUGCGCUGUCAACAGCCCUUGCAGCGCCUUCUACCCGUCACUCUGGUCCCCAGUAUGAUUACAUCGUCGUUGGUGGAGGUACCAGCGGUCUCGUGGUUGCCAACCGCCUGUCGGAGAACCCCAAUGUGUCGGUCCUCGUUAUCGAAGCCGGCGGUUCUGUUCUUAACAACUCCAAUGUCACGGAUGUUGAUGGAUACGGACUAGCCUUCGGUACUGACAUCGACUGGCAGUACGAGACGAUCAACCAGUCCUAUGCUGGCAAUGCCCCCCAGGUGCUGCGUGCUGGAAAGGCGCUUUCAGGCACGAGUGCCAUCAACGGAAUGGCGUACACUCGGGCCGAAGACGUUCAGGUUGACGCAUGGCAGACCAUCGGUAACGAGGGAUGGACCUGGGACAGCCUGUUCCCCUACUAUCGGAAGAGUGAGAACUUGACUGUUCCCACAGCCAGCCAGCGUGCUAGAGGAGCCACCUACGACCCAAAUGCCAACGGCGAGGAGGGUCCGCUGUCCGGACUGGGUGUUCCAUGGACCGAGGAUGUCAACGGCGGCAAGAUGCGUGGCUUCAACGUCUACCCUUCCACCAUCGAUUACACCGCAUAUGUGCGUGAAGAUGCCGCUCGCGCAUACUAUUGGCCCAUUGCGUCUCGUCCUAACCUGCACCUGAUGCUUGAUACUUUUGUCAACCGUCUUGUCUGGAAGGAUGGAGGAUCCCAGGGCAAUGCCACUGCUGCUGGUGUUGAGAUUACCUCUUCCAAUGGCACCAUUAGUGUGAUCGGAGCAAGCCAGGAGGUCAUCAUUUCUGCUGGUUCGUUGAAGUCGCCCGGUAUCCUGGAACUCUCCGGUAUCGGUAACCGGGAUAUCUUGGAGAAGUACAACAUCUCUGUCCGCGUCGAUCUUCCCACCGUCGGUGAGAACCUUCAGGACCAGACCAACGCGGGGCUGGCUGCUUCCACCACUCCUGGUCUGACGGGCACCAAGACAGUUGUGUAUCCCAACAUCUAUGAUGUCCUUGGCAACGACACCCUGUCUGUCGCACAAUCCGUCCGCCGCCAGCUCAAGCAAUGGGCCAACGAGACCGCCCAGGUGAGCAGUGGCACCAUGAAGGCCGAGGAUUUGGAAGCUCUCUUCCAGCUGCAGUACGACCUGAUCUUCAAGGAUAAGAUCACGAUCGCCGAGAUCUUGUACUACCCCGGUAGCACCAGCAGUAUUAGCGCCCAGUACUGGGCCCUGAUGCCCUUUGCCCGUGGCCAUGUUCACAUUGGAUCCGCCGAUCCUACUGCCAAGCCGAUCAUCAACCCCAACUACUACAAGUUCGAUUGGGAUCUUACCAGUCAGAUUGCGGUGGCCAAGUACGUCCGCAAGACCUUCCAAGCUGCUCCCUUGGCCAACAUUGUGACCAAGGAGACCAACCCUGGCUUCGAGGCCGUGGCUGCCAACGGCUCCGAGGAAGACUGGAAGGCGUGGCUGCUCACACAAUACCGCUCGAACUUCCACCCGGUCGGCACUGCUGCCAUGAUGCCCAAGGACAAGGGCGGCGUGGUCAAUGACCGCUUGACGGUGUACGGCACCAGCAAUGUCCGCGUGGUGGAUGCAUCCGUCCUUCCCUUCCAGGUGUGCGGCCACUUGGUCAGUACCUUGUACGCGGUGGCCGAGCGGGCCUCCGAUCUGAUCAAGGCCGACUCUGGUCUCUUCUAA